AAUAUUAUAAUUUUUAUAAAUAAAAAUAAAAAAAAUUGGAGCAUAAAUCACCGCCAAUGAAAAACAAUCAGAACCAUCCAAUUUAGUCCGUACAGUAAAUCCCUCUCCUGUAAACUUGUUCGAUCUUUAUUCCAGAACUGUAUAUAAAGAGUACUGAAAGUGCGCCUCUUCCCAUUUUCGGCUUCAAUUCUUUUCCAAUACUUGUUCUUCAUCCACACCAUUUUUUUGGAAAUUAUUUAUUUUUAUAUAUAUAUAUAUAUAUAAACAGAAAUAAGUACUGGUAUACUGUGCUUUGUGAUAAUCUAUCUCACCUAAAACUUUCAACCAAAGGUUUGAGAGCCUUUUUGGAAUGUAUUGGCUCUGAAACUCUCUCAGCUGAUUGGCUGGUGUUUUUGAAAAUAAUAUCGAACAAAAGAUGGCCAUCCACGAGCAAUCGGAUUUUUUACAGUCUUGUUAUCGGCUAUUUAGUUAUGAUGAAGAUCUAGCAAAAAAUUAUGCCUACUACCAUGACGGCAUGGUACAAAAUCAUUCUGAUCACAUCUACAACAGACAUUAUUUUGAUACAGAGUCUAACAAUAUAGAAAAUGACGAAAUCAUUGCACAUACACUUCAAGAAGAAUUUUCACGGCUAGAUAUGGAAGAAUCUUCUGUAUACUCACAUGUAGGAGAAGAUCAGCAGCUAGCCCCCGUGCAGACUUGGCAAAGUCCACCAAGGAAUUAUUCUUCAGACAUUGAUUGUGGGCAGGAACAAGCCAAUAGUUUGGUGCCUUCUACUUCUUCUAGCCCAAAUGGUCAGGAAGAGUAUGUGCACUCUUCUGAGCUAGAUGAAUAUUCACUUGAUGAUGGGGUCAGCUGGAAUUUGGAUCAGAUCAUUGUUCCUUUUGCACAGCAUGUUCCUAGGAUUAAUGGUGAAAUUCCAUCAAUUGAUGAAGCAACUUCAGACCAUCAAAGACUCCUGGACAGAUUGCAAUCAUUUGGAUUUAUUGAGCAUAAAGUUCAAGGAGAUGGCAACUGUCAGUUUCGUGCUCUGUCAGAUCAGUUAUAUGACACGCCUGAUAAUCACAAGAAUGUGAGACGUCAAGUUGUAAAUCAGCUCAAGUCCCAUUCAGAGAUUUAUGAGGGAUAUGUUCCUAUGGCAUACGACGACUAUUUGGAGAAGAUGUCCAAGAGUGGUGAGUGGGGUGAUCAUGUCACAUUGCAAGCGGCUGCUGAUGCGUAUGGCGUGAAAAUUAUUGUCAUGGCAUCUUUCAAAGAUACUAAAUUCAUAGAGAUUCUUCCCAAAUUUCAGACUCCAAAACGUGUGAUAUAUUUGAGCUUUUGGGCGGAGGUACAUUACAACUCAAUUUAUCCUCAACAAGAUACUCCCUCAGACGAGUUUAAAAAGAAAAGAAAGUGGUGGAAAAAUUGGCAAUAAAAAUGAGUAGAAUUGGCUGAGGGAGCUUCCCUGAAUGGAAUACUUACUACCAUUUGCUAUAUUUCUCAUGUUUGUCAAUAGUUGUUAUCUUCUUCCCGUUGUAAAAUUAAAGAACACAUUAGCAUUAAGUAGUUUUAUGUUUCGCCCUUGUCUUCCUCUUCUUGAAUUUUUCUGUUUUGCUAUUGAACAGACGAUUAUAAUAUCAUGUUUCAGUACUCAUUUUGGAAAAUGAAAAGGAAUAGUUUUCAAA